CGGUGCCGGGCCGGACGGCCGCUUAGACAAGAGCCGGGCUGCGGAGCGCCGGUGUCCGGCGGUUCCAGCCCGGCGAGGAACCCUGUGAGGCCGCGGAGGAGACGCCGCUAAGUUCACUGCAGGUGGGACUCAGCGGGGCGGGGCGCAGCGCGAGCCGUUCCCGGGCGCCCCGGUCCUCGGCGUCCGUGAGUGUUCUGUGGGCCCAUGGCCCUGCCCACCCUCUGAGGCCGCGGGCCGCCGCCCUGGCACCAUGAAGGCCGAAGGGUUUUCCUCGAGGGCCGCGCCCCGGCCGGAGGGGGCUGCGGAGAGGCCGAGCCGCCGAGCCACCCCUGUCGCCGGACCCUGCCUGUAGGACGUCGGGGCCCGCCGCCCGGCUCUCGUGUCCGCGCCGCAGUAGGCGCCCCAUCGCCGGCUGUGACAUGGAGGAGGGGGCAGCUGGUCCGGGGAGCCCCCUCCCGCCCGCCAUGAAGGCAGAGACCGCAACCGCGGCGCAGGAGCCCCCGGCCGGGCCCAGCGUCAGUCACCUGCUGAGUAGCCGGAAGCUGGUGGCCCUGGGGGCCGUGCUCGGCUGGCUUCUGGUCAUCCACCUCCUGGUCAACGUGUGGCUCCUGUGCCUUCUGUCUGCGCUGCUGUUGGUGCUGGGAGGAUGGCUGGGCGCCGACGCCAUCGUGGGGCCUUCGGGUCGGCUGCACCUGGAGCGCUUCAUCCCCAUGGCUGUCUGCCCCCCAAACCCCGAGGCCGAGAGGCAGCUGGAGCAGGAGAUCGACCGCACCAUCCGGAUGGUCAUGCGGGACUUCGUGUCGUCCUGGUAUCGCACGGUGAGCCAGGAGCCUGCCUUCGAGGAGGAAAUGGAGGCAGCCAUGCGAGGGUUGGUCCAGGAGCUCCGGAGGAGGAUGGCCAGGGUGGACAGCCAUGCUCUUGCCCAGAGGGUUCUCACUCUCUGUGGUUGUCACUUGCAGAGCUAUCUUCAGGCAAAGGAGGCCACGACGGGGAAGCAGAGUGGCACAGCUGAGCCCUCCCAGCUCUGGGAGGCUUACUGCCAGGCCACCGCCCCACAUCCUGCAGUACAGAGUCCCAGGGCUGAGGUCGCCUACACACGUGGCAUUGUGAACGUGUUGCUUCAAGGCCUAGUGCCAAAGCCCCACUUGGAGACUCGGACCGGCCGCCAUGUAGUGGUGGAACUCAUUACUUGCAAUGUCAUGUUACCACUGAUCAGCAAGCUCUCAGAUCCGGACUGGAUACACCUUGUGCUAGUGGGCAUCUUUUCCAAGGCCAGAACUGGCCCAGCAGGAGUGGGUAAACCACUCUGCCCAGCCAGUGCCCUGGAACAGCCCUCAGUGCCCACAUCUCUGCCACUGAUUGUGGAGGUCCAGAGUCUAGCAGAUGCGAGAGCCCCUUCUCCAGCCCCAGUGCUCCUAAACUAUAGUGAGCCUUCACACCCCUCCCCAGAAGUUGAAGAAGGCCAUGAAGCACUGGAGGGAGAUUUGGGGGGAGUGCUAGAAGAGAGAGAAGUAGGAAACAACUCUUCUCACUUCCUGCAGCCUCUGUUCUUGUCCGAAGACGCAGAGCUGGAGUCUCCGUUGUCUGAACUGGGCAAAGAAACCAUCAUGCUCGUGAACCCAGGCACCUUCCUCUCUGCCAGGAUUCAGGACUCCCUGUGUGCCCUAGGGGGUUCCCAGGCUCUGGAGUCUAAGGAUGAAGAGGGAUCUGAAGGAAUUGAAGGGGCAGAAGCUGAGGAGGGUCCAGGAACAGAAACAGAGACUGGCCUGCUUGUCUCCAUGCUGAAUUCCUGCCCAGAGAUCCAGAUUGACACAGCAGACAAGGACGUAGAGCAGGGAGAUGUCACCUCUGUUACAACUUUGCUGGCCAGUCCAGAAAGGAUGUGUCCCCCACGACCCUCGUGCUUAGAGAAAGAUCUCACCAAUGGUGUGAGCUCCCUAGAUCCUAGUCUCCCACAGGUACUGCUCUCCUCCUCUCCACCUGGUCCCCUCAGCUCAGCCACCUUCAGCUUUGAGCCCCUGAGCAGUCCAGAUGGCCCCGUUAUCAUCCAGAACCUUCGUAUUACCGGCACCAUUACUGCUCGAGAGCACAGCGGCACCGGAUUCCACCCAUACACGCUCUACACGGUGAAGUAUGAGACCGCCCUUGACUGCGAGAGCAGCAGUGGCCUGCAGCAGCUAGCCUACCACACCGUGAACCGCCGUUACCGAGAGUUCCUGAAUCUGCAGACCCGUCUGGAGGAGAAAUCCGAUCUACGAAAGUUCAUCAAAAAUGUGAAGGGUCCUAAGAAGCUCUUUCCAGAUCUUCCAUUUGGAAACAUGGAUAGUGACAGAGUGGAAGCCCGCAAGAGCCUCUUGGAAUCAUUCCUGAAGCAACUCUGUGCCAUUCCUGAGAUCGCUAACAGUGAGGAGAUGCAGGAGUUCCUUGCUCUGAACACAGAUGCUCGUAUUGCCUUUGUCAAGAAACCGUUCAUGGUCUCCAGAAUAGACAAGGUGGUGGUGAGCGCUAUCGUGGACACCUUGAAGACAGCAUUUCCUCGCUCUGAGCCCCAGAGCCCCACAGAGGAGCUGAGUGAGGCCGAGACAGAAAGCAAGCCCCAGCCAGAAGGCAAGAAGGCUACCAAGUCCAGACUGAGGUUCUCAUCCAGUAAAAUUGCUCCAGCACUGAAUAUAACUGAGACACACGAGAAGAUUCUCUAUUGUCUCCGGGAAGGCAGUGUGGAGUCAGAGAUCCUCUCCAUGUCUGGGAUGGAAUCCUUUAUUGAAAAGCAGACAAAGUUACUAGAAACGCAGCCAGCAGAAGCCCCAGGAAAAGAUUCUGAACAAAUCUCCAAGGGAUGUGUGGAUGACUGCAUGUCAGGUGCAGCCGUGCCAGCCCAAGACCUCAGCAACAGUGAUCCAGGAACAGAGACAGAGUUGGCUGACACAGCCCUGGAUCUGCUUCUCUUGCUGCUGAUGGAACAGUGGAGAUGGCUAUGUACGGAGAACGUGCAGAAAGUUAUUCAUCUCAUCUUUGGGACCCUGAUUCAGAGGUGGCUAGAGGUGCAGGUAGCUACUCUGACGUGUCCUCAGCGCUGGGUGCAGUACCUCCGGCUUCUUCAGGAAUCCAUCUGGCCUGGUGGGCUUUUGCCUGAGUAUCCUCGACCCGUAAGGACCCAGGAGCAGAAGGCGGCUGCUGAGAAACAGGCUUUGCAGAGCCUGAUGGGAGUCCUGCCAGAUAUCGUCGUAGAAAUCCUUGGGGUGAACAAAUGCCGGCUGAGCUGGAGUCUUGUCUUGGAGUCACUGCGGCAGCCCCUCAUCAACCGACUUGGAAUCCUCAACACCAUCUGGCAAUUAAUUUUCUCUCCAUCUUCCUGCCCACAAUGGAGCCACACCCCUGCAACCCCCCUUAAAUGCCAGAUGACAGCAGGAACCUUCCACUGAGCAGAGGUGAAGCCUUAGACGUCUGUCAGCACCCCCGCUGUAAAGAUCUGCCAGCUUCUCAGAUCAGUGUGGGAGGAGGCUGUCUGAGUAGGUUUCAUAGCUGCAGCAGUAAACCGGGCCCUACCUCCCAUGCCUCUCAGGCUGACCGUCUCAUCGGAGGUGCCGACGUCCCCAGAAGCAGGCCCCAGACUGGCGGCCCUUAGCCAGGACCCAUCUCAGAAGCACAUGUCCAGCUGGAGCCUCCUGGUUGCUGGGGUGAAAGGACCUCUCUAUCACCAUAGGAGGAAUCUGAUGAAUUCUGGACUAAGAAGGGGUGUUGUUUUCCCCCAAUGACAGAGGUACUCUCUAGUCCCCCACCCAGCCCCUGGUGAAAGGUAUUUUUGUUUGUCCUUUUUUACCUUUUUAUUACAUCUUGUCUUGUUUAUAAUGCUGAACUGAAGUGGGAGGGAGCGGUGACACCAGAGGAUGUGAAUUAUCUUGCAGUGGGGGGGGGGGGAGAUUCGGCCACCAGCACGUGAUAAGGGAAGGUGAGACGGGAGAGGAGCGGAGAGUCAGCUCCACGGGGACCGGUUAGGUGUUCAGUGGCCGUAACUGACUGUUUCAUCUCACAGGAACACACAACUCCGUGUACGUGGGUGCUGAUCUCAGUCUUACAGGGAAGCACUCCUUGACACGGGAAAGCAGGCGAUCGAUAGUCCAUGAGACCCCUAUGUGGAUUGUUCCUAUUCAACUCUUCAGGCAUAUACAGGCAGAGAAAGAACCAUUUCAAAGGUGAGCUUUAAAAACAUCACCUGGCAUUCUUUGGAAUUGUUGUCACAGGGCAGUAUAUGGAUUGUGAACAAAUUCCCCCUCCCUCACCCCAAAUCCACCCAGAAGGGAAUGUCUGAAAUGGGGAGGAAACACACAUCUGCCUGGGCACGGUGACCUUGAACAAACCUCUUCACUUCCCUGGACUUUUCUUUCUUUCUUUCCAUACAGAGGAUGGGCUGGAUAUUGGAUGAAAGCCUGUCCAGCUCUGUCACAUCAGUUAGAGAGCAAAGACUGUGCCUUCCAGUUCCUGGCCAGUUUCUGGAACAGUGAUGAUGCUUUCUGAAUGUUUGUCAUCAAAAUGAACGAAUGAUUAUAUUUCAUCUUGACUCUUAUCUCAGUAGAGAUUUUCUUCCACUUCAUUUGGGUCUCAGUUUGAGGAAGGAAGGAACGAACGAACGAAGCAUGAUGAAAGUGAGGGAGGAAAGAAUGUAGCUUUGCCUCUGAAGGACUGUCUUGACUUUCUCUGGACUCCUAGAGUAAAAGUCCCUGUCCUCCAUUCUCCCUCUCUAGGCCUUCCAAAAGCACGUGGAUUAAGGCUACCAGACAGCUUUGAGGAAUAAGCCACACCCCCGGACUUCCAUGCAGUCCAAGGACCUAUUCAUCCCCAAUUAGCCUGUCUCGGGUUGAUCAUCAAAGUACACACUUUUGCUUUUCAUUUUUCUGGAGUCUUUUCCAUCAGCUCUUCUUCCAUUUUAUCUUUUCAUCAUUCCUCUGAGGAAUGUAAUACUUUACACAUGUAUAGGACUUUCUCAAUUAUGAAGUAUUUCAUAUCCAAUGUUUUAUUUAGAUCUUGACAAUCACUUUUUAAGGUAAUUUGGGGGAGUUAUUCGUGUCUUCAUUUUACUGAAAAAGAAACUUUUGCCCAAGAUCAGUCACCCAUUUUCAAGAGGCAGCAGCACAGGGAUUACCGACAACCAGGUGUGAAUCCCAGCUCCACCACUGAUCAGCUCUGUGUCCUUCGGUAGGUGAUUUAAAAUCUCCGCGCCUUCGUUUUUUCAUUCAUUAAAUGGGAAUAGAAUGGAACUCUCCUCACAGAGAACAGGCGGGAGAAGGGGUUACACUUAAGAUCCUUAGUACAAGCUCUAGCAUACAGUGCAUAAUAAAUGUUUGUCGUUUUCAUUGCCGAAGCCAAGACUAGAACCCGAGUCCCCCAGCUUCCAGCUCAGGGAUAUUUCCACUGCCCCCACUGGUGUCAUCCUCAGCGUGCAGACCAGAAUGUAAGGCCAUCCACAUUUCAGUGAAAAGCUCAUCCAAGUCUCCGUUUAUUGGGUCCAGAGCUAACAUCUCCUGGAACUCCAUUAAACAAAGCUGCUUCCCGUUGCUCUGGGCAGGGUGUCAACCCUCUAAAGUUUCAGAAGUGUAUAGACCAAGCUCUCUCAUCCAGUGUUGCUGACAGCCUGAAGGCAGACACUCCCACUGUCCUGGGGAAAGGCCUUCUUCCUUCAGUCUUAAGAGACAAGGCUCAGGGUGACUUGUUGCUAUGGUGAUUCGCCCUCCUACCUCCCAGCAUUCGCUCAGGCCAAGUGUCCACUGGAAAAGUCUCUCUUCUCUUCCUUCCUCUUGCCAUUUUCAUUGGUGCCAGACUAGUUGAUUCUGGACCAUUGGUUUCUGACUCUCUGCGUACAAGUUUUGUCUUUUGCACUUUUAUUAUGUACCUCUUGCGAGUACGGCCUAUGUUGUCUGUGGCUUUGUACUCUCCGUUGCACGUAGCAAAUGCUCAGGACUCAGCAGGGACACAAACAGUGCUUAAUUCACGAAUGGACGGACUGUCUGAGGGAUUGGUGGUGGACUCUCCGAGUAGGUGACAAUCAUCCCUACGCCUUGGCUGCAGGUUCAGGUGGUCAGAGAACUUGCCCAGAUGGCGUUCAACACCACAGUGCUUGACAAGGGGAGAAGUUUCAGGAGUUGUCUUGGGGGAGGGAAGAGAGUUCUCUGUAUACUCACACCAGGCCGGCUGCCGCUGAGCCUCAGAACCUGGGCUGUGCCACCGUCUGAGAGCAAGGUGUGCGCAUGGAAAACGCAGACGGAACCACAACUCGGGGAGCGCACCCAGCCAGACGUGACCUUAUUCUUCAGUUAACGACAAGGGAAAGUCAUCUGGCCCAGGGUCACUCAGCACCAGAGUCCCGCAGCAGAAGGGGCUCCACUUAAAGGGCAGCACAAAUCCAGGGCAUUAAAAUAACCUGAAUGGUGUUGUUUUCUGAU